GGGGGGCGGCGGGGCCGGGCCCGGCCGCUCCGGCCCUUUGUGUCGGCGAGCGGGGAGCGGCGGGGCUGCGGCGCCGGGACUCCAGAGCCCACCCCACCGGCUGCUUUCCAAAGCCCCCCCCGCAUCGCACCCCCCCCCAGGGAGAGGGGUUUUUUUUUUUGCGGGGGGGGGGGGAGAAACACCCAGCAGCCACGGAGCCCGGCAGCAUGGAGACCCCGACAGCGCAACCCCGCUGGCGGCUGCAACCGGAGGGGGGUCGCCGGUGUCCCCCGGCCCCUCGCCCCCCCUCGCCGUGCCCGGAGGAGGACACAGAGGGGUCCCCGAUGUCCUCGGAGCGGGCGGCCGAGAGACGUCGCUGGCCGCGGGGGGAGUGGGCACGGCGGUUGGUGCCGGCGUUGCACGGCGGCGGUGCCGGCACGGAGAUGCGCCGGUUACGCUUCCGGCAAUUCCGGUAUCAGGAGGCGUCGGGACCGCGAGACGUUUGCCGGCGGUUACGGGAACUGUCGCAGGGUUGGUUACGGCCGGAGGUGAGGAGCAAGGAGCAGAUCAUGGAGCUGCUGGUGCUGGAGCAGUUCCUCAGCAUCCUUCCCGAGGAAAUCCAGAGCUGGGUUUGGGUGCGACACCCCGAAUCCUGCGCCCAAGCCGUUGCCUUGGCCGAGAGCUUCCAGUUGGGACGGGGAGAUCCCGAUGGGAUUUGGGAGCAGCAGGUGACGGUGCGCGUGAAGGUGGAGGAGGUGGCCCCAGGGGACGCGGAGGACCCCGAAAUGGCGGGGGACCCACCGAGCCCCCCGUCAGAGUCACCCCAGCUCCCCUCUGGGGAGGAGGUGGCCCGGGGCAAGGUCAAGUUUGUCCCCGAGGAAGAGGAGCGGUGCCUGCAGGAAACAGGUCCCACCACGGCGAGCAGAGACCCAGAGGCAUCCGCUUUGCAACAGCAAGACCCCCCGCACCCACCCAGCACCCUCCAGGGCAUCCCGGUGGUUGGGACCUCCACCCGGAGAGGAACCCACCGGCGACAGAUCCCACGGGAUCCCACCGCGUUCCCACAGCCCCUCGCCCAAGGUCCGCCCGGACUGGCAGAGGACACCAGGAGCCCGGAGAAGCCGUGGGUGAAGCAGGAGCCGUCGGCGCAGGGGAAGGACCGUCCGUACCCCUGCGGCGAGUGCGGCAAGAGCUUCGGCCGGUUGACCCACCUGAAGACCCACCAGCGAACCCACACGGGGGUGAAGCCCUAUGCCUGCGGGGCUUGCGGCAAGAGCUUCGGCCACCUCUCCACCCUCACCACUCACCAACGGCUUCACACGGGUGAGCGUCCCUACGCCUGCGGCUCCUGCGGCAAGACCUUCACCAACCCAUCGGACCUCAACAAGCACCAACGGUCGCACACGGGUGAGCGACCCUACCCCUGUGCCGCCUGCGGCAAACGCUUCAGCCAACAGUCCAACCUCACCAUGCACCAACGGAGCCACACCGAGGAGCGACCCUACCCCUGCGGCGCCUGCGGCAAGAGCUUCAAAUACUUGGCGGACCUGACGGUGCACGAGCGCUCGCACACGGGCGAGAGACCCUUCCCCUGUCCCCACUGCGGGAAGAGCUUCAGCAACAAGUCCUCCCUCGCCCGGCACACGCGUAUCCACGCCCGGGCGGCCGCCAGGGACAAGUGAUGGGGUUUGGUGGUGGGGAGGAGGAGGAGGGCAGCACCGCUUCAUCCUGGUGGAGGAGGAGGUGAUGAUGGGGAACCACCACGGGGGACGGUUGAGGUUGGGUGGGUGAGGUGGACGUGGCGGACGCCCCGGAUGGCCGGUACUGGGUUCCUUGCCGACCAGUGCUGCACGGCUGCUGCAGAUGGACUGAUUUGCCCGGAGGAGAUGCAACAUGGAUGGAGGAGGGGGACGAUGAGCUGAUGCUUGAUGUCCCUUACAAGCCCAGUGGCUCCAGGACUCGGGCCACUGGUCCCAGAGUUGUGACACAGAUAGGGGUGAAGAUGAGCUGGUGACUGAUACCCACCAUGAGCCGGGUGGCUCCAGGAGGUGUCUCCCUGGUCCCACAGGAGAUGCAACACGGAUGGUGGGAUGAUGAUUGACGUCCCUCAUGAGCCUGGUGGCUCCAGGACGUGUCUCCCUGGUCCCAGAGGAGACGUAACAGGGAUGGUGGGAUGAUCAGCUGAUGAUUGACGUCCCCCAUGAGCCUGGUGGCUCCAGGACAGCGUCCCAAAGCAGAUGUAACACGGAUGCGGAUGAAGACGAACCGAUGGUUGAUGUCCCUCAAGAGCCUGGAGGCUCCCAGGUCCCUCACCCAUCUCCUCUGGACACGUCCAUCUCCCCUCCACCCUAACCCCACCCCAGGACGCCCUGUUUUCCCCUCCCGUUGCCUUUUUCCCCCCAUUUUUGGUAUUUAUUCAUCACAGCCAGCGCCGUCCCCUCUCGCCAUCACGCGUGUCGUCCCCCCACCCCGCCCACCGGGCCUUUACGUUUUCGGAGACCGACCUACCUCACCGGCCGCUCGCCCGUGUGCCCAGGGCUCGACGCGGGUGCCGGGGUCACCCCCCACUCCUGCUGGGUUUGCCCCCCAAUUUUUGCCCCCCCCCCCCCUUUGCUGUAACGACAGAUGUAGCCCCCUCGCCG